AUGCUGGUUCAGACGAUGGCUGGAGGGAACCAGGAUCAUGACUGGACUCGGAGCCUUUCAAGGAUCAUCCUGCCGCCCAAUCUGUUCAACUCAUCAGAUCAGGAACAAGGCGGAAAUGAUGGCAAUCAGCCUCCGAAGAAAGACAUGGACGAGCUCGUGGACAGGGUGUCCAAGUUGGAGAGAAUGUCGUCCAUCAACCCGGGCAACGGCUCUCAUGCCCAUGCAAGCCUUGACAAUGGGGCGCAUGCGUCCAAGGAUUUAAGCGAGCUGUUCCAACUGGGAGGGGAUGAGAAAGGCGGGAGCGUGUCUGGAGGGGACACGCAGAAGAGUGGCUCGUCGAUCAACCUCUGUACGAACCUCUGGGGUGGUCCGAUACAGCCGAGAAGCGAUCAGUCGCUGUGGGACUGGAUGGAAAACUUUUUCGGAGGAGUGACGACAGCUCACGGCAUCAACCGCGUGUUUGACGAGGACAAUGGCAUAAUUCGCCGAUUGUUCUGGUUCGGGGCAUUCACAGCAAGCUUCUAUGCUCUGUUCUUCUUCGUGAUCGACUCGAUCAUGCUCUUUAUCGAAGCCAAAUCGGAUACUGCCUUCGGACUGGACAGCCAUGAAGGGAUCCUGCCAAUGAUGACAGUCUGCAACUUGAGUCCGAUUCGGUGUGGCUGCUCUGGUUUCUACGAUCCAUCGUUGGCCACCGAUGAAUACCUACCGCUGGUCCUGCCAUUUAUCUGUAGUAGCGCCAUCAAUUUCUCGGACUCGCUGUUCCUGGCCGACUCGUCCUCAACGAUGGAGAACUCUCAGAAAUACGUGGACAAGGCUGCAACAAGGAUUAGCAUGACGAACUUUCCAGAGAAACUGCAGUGCGGCUCGGGAGAAUACACAGAGAAGUGGUUCGUGUCAGCUGUGAAGAAGCAGCAGCUGCAAUAUCAUGAGCUCAUCCAAUAUGCUGGGUACAUGUCGAGGUCAAAGUUGUUGAGAAAGUGCAUGGCAAUCGACUCUGAUCCCAAGUCGCCGACCUCUGGCAAAAAAGUCUCCUGUCUAGAUGAUAGGUGCCAUGGGUUUCCUGUCGGAGAUUCGUGCACAAAGGACGACGAGUACGUGGAGGAGCAGAUCGAGGGGAUGAGAAGGACUGAGACCUGCGAGUGCAACUUGUGCGCUUCCAAGACCGGUUGCAAGAUGGCGAAACAGCUGAACCCAGGAAGAGGCAACGGAGUUCGAAUGGUCCUCAAUGUUGCGACAGACCAGGAUGCCACCCUCACGGCAGCGUCCAAGGCGAGAUGGAAUCCUGGCGCUCUCGUUCACUUUCACUCUCACCAUGACAAUGGCAACCUCGGCGAAGCUUUCAGUGUGCCGCCCGGCAAGGUCACAAACUUUGGGAUUGCAAGGGAAAACUACAAGGAGGCGGUGUAUCCCUUCACCAACUGCUCCAAGUGGUUCAACGUGGAUCCUUCCGUUUGCCAGCUCAACUGCCUGAGAAGACUGGAUCUCCCUGUCAUCAACGUUUCGACUCCCAGCGGAGCUUUGGUCAACUUGAGCAACCCGAUGCUGUCCUGCAACAUUCUCGAUGCUUCGGUUGUCAACUGCUUUGCACAACAAUCUCAGAGAGUGUCCGAUGGCCUCGAGUGUCUCGACGGGGCCCUUGGAACAAGUUCGCCGUACUACAAGGUGUGGAAGAGAACCAACUGGUACGACGACUCUGACGUCAACAACGAGACUGAAGUCGGCAAGCAAGAGAAGAGGAGUCAGAGUAUCCUGAAGCAGUGCGUGUGGACCUCAUCGCAGGGCAAGGACAACGAAGCAAACUACGGCAAAGAGUGCAAGAUCGAUUCUGACUGCAGUACAAGCCAAGCUGGAGGAGUCAAUGGAGUUUGUGCUGACGCCUCGCGCGCCUACUGCCCUCAACGAUGCGAGUAUGACAAGUUCUCGGUCGUGUCGCAGAGCUCUGCCGACAUGUCCGUCGGAACGAUUAAGAUCAUCGCAGCGCAAGAGCUUGCAGUUGUGACGCAGUCCUACCUCGUGACGCCGGAAAUUAGAAGAGCAGGUGGUGGUGGAGGAGGAGUAAGAGCAGGAAGUGAAGAAGCAGGGAGGGGAGAGUGGGCAGUAGAUGAGCUGGAGCUGGAGCUGGAGCUGGAGCUGGAGCUGGAGCUGGAGCUGGAGCUGGAGCUGGAGCUGGAGGGCAGAUCUGAUUGCUCGCAGGUGGAAACCGAGUUGGUGAAGGACAGCUACUCGCUCAUCAACAUCGACUACCUCAACUUCGACAUGGUCUCAUCGCAGAAGGUGGGGUCCAUCAGCCUUGCCACCCUCAUGGGAACAGUCGGAGGAAACCUCGGGAUGUUUACGGGCAUCAGCGUCAUGACGAUCAUGGAGUGGCUCGAGCUUCUCUUCUUCGCCAUCGUUUCCAUGCCCUUCUUCUUCUGCGGCAUCAAGUUCGGCCCCUUCAUCCGUGCAAGCUCCUCGCAAUCCAUGGACGACGAGGAACUGAUAGACGACGAUGUCAAGCAAGUGCUCAUGAACAUCAAGAAGAUCGCGGCGAAGAGGAAGGGGAAGGACGGGGACUCGGAAGCCGUCGCUCUCCCAGUGGAGGAGUCUUCCUCUCCGGCCGUUACCGCCAACCUCGCCGAGUUCCGCAUGUGA